UCUCAGGGUGCUUAACAAAAACGCGUACGCGAUCGACAGGGUCACAGUCUUACAAAGGUGACUAAGCAUGGCCGCCGAUUUGACUACCGCUGACCUCUCCUCGAGAACUGAAUAAGACACCAGCCGCACAUUUCCCUCGUGUUCUCAAACUGGCUCGUCGUGUCUUUAUCACAGUGUAUAAAUAGAUGGCUUAGGCUUCUUUUGUUAAGUAAAAGCUUGUCUUUGAUCCAAGAUUGCUCGAAAACUUGCCGCACCACCCAACGAUGAUGAAAUUUCUACGGUUGACUGACAGUUCUUGAUUCGUUGGGGUGAAACGAAAAACGUAUUUCGAUUAACAUUGCUCUAGCUCAUUUUGAAUCGUUGUUUGCUUACAAACCACAAGCCCAGGGCUAAAAUGCGGCAGUUUACGGUUACCAAAAAAACUCACUAACAACCACUUGAACUUUCGACUCGCGCCAUGAUUUCGCCUCGGGAACCGGCCACCCUUGUUUUCUUAUGCCCAGGCUCCCCGGUUUAAGGACACAACCCGUAGUUUUUCCUGGACCGUUAGCCAAAUAUUUCAGUGCAUGUUUGGUCAACGCUUGGCUUUAGCCUCGGCAAUUAUUGCGUGUUGCAGGACCUAACCUAGCAUAGAACUGCUACACUGCAAGAAAGACAAUGAACAAACCGAAUGAGCAGCCUCAUGAAUGGCCACAAGGUUAUCAACAACCACCACAACCCGUCAUCCAGCAACAACCAGCUGUUGUAUAACCUGUGUCAACAAUUUCAUCAAAGGGGUUCCUGGACAAUUCCAAUGGAUGCCAGCUCCUCAAGCUCCCAUUGGCUGCCCUCCAGGACUGGAAUAUUUACUUGCAGUUGAUCAAAUACUGAUUCAUCAGCUGGUUGAGCUCUUGGAAGUUUUUACUGGAUGUGAGGCAAAAAACAAAUACGCUCUAUGUAAUUCCAUGAGUCAGCAAGUCUACUUUGCUCAAGAAGAUACUGACUGUUGUACUCGACAAUGCUGUGGUCCCGGCCGUCCAUUUGAGAUGAGAAUCAUUGACAACAUGCAGAGAGAAGUGAUACAUCUCUCCCGACCCGUCCGGUGUCAGUGCUGCUGGUGGCCUUGCUGUCUUCAGGAAAUUGAAAUACAGUCACCACCUGGGACAGUCAUAGGUUAUGUGGAGCAGAAGCCGUCCUGCUGGAAACCAAAGUUGGAAAUUCAAGAUGCGAAGCGUCAACCCAUCAUGAUGAUCAAUGGCCCAUGCUGUUUUUGCAGCUGUGGAUCAGAUGUUGAAUUCCCUAUCCACUCUCUAGAUGGAGGGAGUGAAAUUGGAAUGAUAACCAAACAGUGGAUGGGAUUUACACGAGAGGUCUUUACUGAUGCUGCAAACUUUGGAAUUCGCUUCCCACUAGACUUGGAUGUCAAGUAUAAAGCCAUUUUAAUGGGAGCAGUUUUUCUUGUUGACUUCAUGUUCUUUGAGAGAAAGAAAUAAUGUAUCACUUACAUACACAAAGAAGACACUCAACGUUGGAUCUACAUGUACCAGCGUGUUAAGGAGUGUGAUGAUAUUAUUCAAUGCAUAAUCCUUGUAAUGUAUUGAACUUUUAAAAUGUUAAUAUAUUUAUUGAACCAGUUGACAAAAAUACAUGCAUUGGUUGUAUAACUUAAAGUUAACAAACUACCUGUGCCAAUUUGGUAUCUUGAGUUUGUUAGCCUUCUUUGCAGUUGUAAUAUAUUUUGAUUUAUCACACAUUUUCUCUCUUUGCUAAUAGAGUGGAUCUCUUAUUUAAUAUAUUUAAAGUUUCCCUGUGCACAGCAAUGCCGCAAGUGAAAUUUAAGUGUGUUGACUAGGGAAAUGUGGUGAAAUGAUAAUGGGGAUCGAAAAUUUUUCUGAACAUUACAUUCAGCAAGUGGUAUUUUAUUUAUUCUGUAAUCAUGUUUAAUUAUUUUGAGAAGCACAGAUUCACUGGCCUUGCCAAAAUUAUGUAUUUUAAGAGAGGCUAAACUUGGCCUCUCCCAUUUUUAUCAGUCAAACACUCAAUUUUAUAGUUAUGAGUAACCAUGUUUCAAAAUUGAGCAUAUUUUGUUUUGCAAACACCAAUUACAGUAGUCCGUUAGUGGCGUCGGAAUAUAAUAAUAUUGACUUGAAGCAGAAUUUUUAUUUUGAUACACUGAGAAUUUCAUUAUUGCACACAGCUUAUUUUAUACAGGGAUGACCUAAGUCUUUGUGAUAACAAAUUUCACCCAUUGUGUAUUUUUCAAGUUUCAGUAUUAUUUUGAAUAAUUAUUGUGGUCAUUUUUCCCGAAAGCCAGUUCACCCAAUGCCAGUUCACCUGGACUGUAAUUUGUUUUCUCUGGACUGUUAGCUCAUAACAAACAUGUUUUGCAUAAUUAUUUUGUUUCAUAAUGCCCACAAUGUUGUCUCUUUUUGCUCGUUUACUUAAAAGAAAGAAUUGAACAUAUCUUUAUUUGAUCUUUCACUCCAGGUGAACAGACUUUUACUCUGGACGAACUGGCUUUAGGGUGAAACGACUGGUUACCAUUAUGUUAAUACAGUUGGGGUAUUAAUACCCAUGUCAGAUCCCUUAGCAUUCUUUUGUAUUAACUCCUGUUAAAUUAAAGGUCAUUUAUUGCCAAACAA